GGAAAGCUGCUUGUAGACAAUCUUAAGAAUGGAACUUAGGCCUCUGGAAAUGCUAGCUGAGCAAAGACUUGUUCAUCCUAAUUCCUCCUUGAAACUCACUGAAACAAACAAAAAAUGAAGAGCAGGAAACAACAUAUCAUCCACAGUGGUUUGAAGCAGCUACAGCCAAGGAUGCCAGCCAGACGGGGAAGAGCAGCCAUGAGCGGCCCCUUCCUAUAUGAUGCUGGAGAAGGCAUCCUGAUGACCCUGUGACAUCUGUCCACCUCGGUGCUCAAGACCCGAGCGCCAUGUCCCAGACCCAGGACUAUGAAUGUAGAAGCCAUCAUGUUGACGGGCAGGAGUCCAGGAUCCCAGGAUCCAGCACUAGGCUGGAGUGGGUGGAGAUCAUCGAGCCACGUACCCGGGAGCGCAUGUAUGCCAACCUGGUUACCGGGGAGUGCGUGUGGGACCCUCCAGCCGGAGUACGCAUCAAACGCACCAGCGAGGACCAGUGGUGGGAGCUCUUUGACCCCAACACAUCACGCUUCUACUACUACAGUGCCGCCUCGCAGCGCACUGUGUGGCACCGCCCGCAGAACUGCGACAUCAUCCCGCUGGCCAAGCUGCAGACGCUGAAGCAGAACACAGAGUCCCCUCGUGCCUCAGCUGAUAGCAGUCCCGGCCGUGGCAGCCGAGAUGGCAGCACUGGCUCCUCAUUGGAGCCCGAGCUUGAAGCCACGGAGAGGGCACAGGAACUGCCCUCAAGGGCAGGGAGGCCCGCAGCACUGGGGACCCCAAAGGAGGAGAGUGGCAGUUCGUCACCACCAGGCGUAAUCCUCGAGAAGGACUAUGAGGUUUACCGGGAUUAUAGCACGGAUGGCCAGCUGCUUCACUACAGGACCUCCUCACUUCGGUGGAACUCAGGCACCAAGGAGCGCAUGCUCAUCAAGGUCGCUGAUAGGGAGCCCAGCUUCCUUACCCCUCAGGGCAAUGGCUACUCUUCAGAUGGCCAGCCUGGGAGCCGCCCCCGCAGACCCUCUGGCAGCCAGCAUUCGCCCAACCUGCAGACAUUCACCCAGGACUCGGAAGGCGCUGUCUUCUUCCCUGAGAGGCGACCCUCGCCCUUCCUGAGAAGGGCUGAACUCUCCGGGAGCUGCUCCCCACUGCUCACACAGCCUCGAAAGUCCUCCAGUGACUCACAGCCCUCCUCCCCACGCUAUGGCUAUGAGCCCCCUCUCUAUGAGGAGCCCCCUAUGGAGUACCAGGCCCCCAUCUAUGAUGAGCCCCCCAUGGACGUACAGUUCGAGGCUGGUGGCCCCUACCAGGCUGGCUCCCCACAGAGGUCGCCCAGCCGCAAGCCCCGCCCCUUUUUGCCCGGGGCCAAACAGGCCCCUACCUCCCCCUGCCAGCAGCUGGUACGCACCAAGCAGAAGUGCCCUGAGCGCUUCCUGAGCCUGGAGUACAGCCCUGCAGGCAAAGAGUAUGUCAGGCAGCUGGUGUACGUGGAGCAGGCCGGCUCCAGCCCCAAGCUGCAUGCAGGCCCCCGGCACAAAUAUGCCCCCAACCCUGGUGGUGGCUCCUACUCAUUGCAGCCCAGCCCUUGCCUGCUGAGGGACCAACGCCUUGGGAUCAGGUCUGGAGACUACAGCACCAUGGAGGGACCCGAGCCCCGGCUGAGCCAACCACCCACACCACUGCCCCCAGCCCAGGAGGACACCAUGUCUUGGUCCAGCCAGCAGGACACCAUGUCUUCCACAGGCUACUCCCCAGGCACACGUAAGAGGAAGAGCAGAAAGCCCUCUCUGUGCCAAACUCCUGGUGCCCCCUCCACGGAUGGCCCAGGGGACCUACUGGGUGAGCAGUCUCUGGCUGAGGAGCGCUCUCCAUGUGGGCCCAGCCUUGCCCAGAUGAAGCGUGCAGAGGCUGAAGUGGACGUAGCCCGGGGUAUGGCCGAGCCUUUCCUGGCACAGGCGCGGCUGGCCUGGGAGGCACAGCAGGCCCACUUUCACAUGAAGCAGAGGGGCAGCUGGGACUCCCAGCAGGAUGGCUCUGGCUACGAGAGUGAUGGUGCUGUGCCACUACCCAUGCCCGGACCUGUGGUACGCGCCUUCAGUGAGGAUGAGGCACUGGCGCAGCAGGAUAGCAAGCAUUGGAAGCGGAAUACCUUCGAGAAGCUCGGCUUCCCCCAGAUCCUGCUGGAGAAGAGUGUCUCUGUGCAGACCAACUUGGCCUCACCAGAACCUUACCUCCACCCCUCACAGUCUGAGGACUUAGGAGCCUGUGCCCAGUUUGAGAGCAGCCGGCAGAACCGUAGCGCCAUGCCCAGCUCCAGCUGUGUCUUCCCCACCUUCACGCUGCGCAAGCCUUCCUCAGAGACGGACAUCGAGAACUGGGCCUCCAAGCACUUCAACAAGCACACCCAGGGCCUAUUUCGAAGGAAGGUGUCCAUCGCCAACAUGCUGGCCUGGAGCAGUGAGUCCAUCAAGAAGCCCAUGAUUGUGACCAACGACCGGCAUGUGAAGAAAGAGGCCUGUGAGAUCUUCAAGCUGAUCCAGAUGUACAUGGGUGACCGGCGGGCCAAGGCAGACCCACUGCAUGUGGCCCUUGAGAUUGCCACCAAAGGCUGGAGCGUGCAGGGCCUCCGGGAUGAGCUCUACAUCCAGCUGUGCAGGCAGACCACCGAGAACUUCCGCCUCGAGAGCCUAGCCCGUGGCUGGGAGCUCAUGGCCAUCUGCCUGGCCUUCUUCCCGCCCACACCCAAGUUCCACUCCUACCUAGAGGGAUACAUCUACCGGCACAUGGACCCUGUCAAUGACACCAAAGUGACACAGCACAUAAGAGAGCUCCUGGAAAGGAACACUAAGAAGAAAUCCAAAUUGAGAAAGAAACCCAAGCCUUAUGUUGAAGAGCCGGAUGGGGUGGCGAUAAGCACCUACGCCAAGUAUUGCUACCACAAGCUGCAGAAGGCGGCCCUGACAGGGGCCAAGAAGGGGCUAAAGAAGCCCAACGUGGAGGAGAUCCGGCACGCCAAGAAUGCUGUGUUCAGCCCAUCCAUGUUUGGCAGUGCACUGCAGGAGGUCAUGAGCAUGCAGAAGGAACGUUACCCAGACCGGCAGCUGCCCUGGGUACAGACGAGGCUCUCCGAGGAGGUGCUGGCACUCAACGGUGACCAGACGGAGGGCAUCUUCAGGGUGCCUGGAGACAUUGAUGAGGUAAACGCCCUGAAGCUCCAGGUGGAUCAAUGGAAGGUGCCCACAGGCCUGGAGGACCCCCAUGUCCCAGCGUCGCUGCUGAAGCUGUGGUACCGGGAACUGGAGGAGCCCCUGAUCCCGCACGAGUUCUACGAGCAGUGCAUCGCUCACUAUGAGAGCCCCGAGGCCGCCGUGGCCGUGGUGCACGCGCUGCCCCGCAUCAAUCGCAUGGUGCUGUGCUACCUCAUCCGCUUCCUUCAGGUGUUCGUGCAGCCUGCCAACGUGGCCAUCACCAAGAUGGACGUCAGCAACCUGGCCAUGGUGAUGGCGCCCAACUGCCUGCGCUGCCAGUCGGAUGACCCGCGCGUCAUCUUCGAGAACACACGCAAGGAGAUGUCCUUCCUGCGCGUGCUCAUCCAGCACCUGGACACCAGCUUUAUGGAGGGCGUGCUAUAGCACGCGGGCACCACGGACAGCGGGCUGCGCGGCGCACGCGGGAGCGGGGGGCCCCGCCGGGGCAGCAUGCCAGGCCCCGCCGGCCCCGAGAAGUGCCUUCUGUUCCCCGGAGCCGAGCGACACUGCCCUCCCGGCCGGCCGAAGCACACGCCGCGCGGCCUCUCCGCUCCAGAGCCCCGGCUGCCCACCGCCAGGCCGCGGUUCUCCUGCGCGAGGAGGGCCCACAACCAAAGUCCUCGCGGCGGGCAGGGCCGGGCAGGCACUCUUGGGGCGGGGGGAGAGUAUUUUUUCCGUGGUGUACCUACGAGUCCAGAUUCCAUCCCGCACCCGCCCUACUGUGCAUAGAGAUAUAAAUAGAGCGACAGACGUCGGGACUAAAUUUGCUAAGGACAUAGUUCUAACCAGAUGCUAUUUAUCUCUGAGCCGUCCUCACCGCCCUCGUGCAGAGCACUCGCACCCUCCUUCCUUACCCGCAGCUCCCGACCCAACCCCGCGCCGCGCGGCGGCUGGGCCGGACUCGCCUGCGAUCCCGUUAUGGAAUCAGUUCCAACUGUCGUCAAACUUAAUUUCUCCCGGUUUUUAUAUAUAUAUUUUUUAGAGUUGAGUUUUUAUUUAUUAUUAAAACAAAACAGCCAGCCCUGCCGAGCCGGCCCCUGAGCGGGCCACAGACGUGCUCUGACACGUGGACCGAGGGACAGCUUUUCGUGUGAAUAAAGUUCGUGUGGACACUC